GCAGAUAGACUUUCAAGAGCAGUAGGAAGGCAUAAAAAUCUCGCUUAGACCAAGUCGUCACCCAUGUGAUAUUUGGAGUAUGUGGCUGGAAGUCUUUGUGAUGCGUAACGUCUGAAUGACUUCUCUGAAUUAGAUUUCUAAGUUGUUAAAUCGUCUUCUUAUCGCCAUUUUCAUCCUCUAAGAAAUUCCUAGUACAUCACCUCCCUUCUUGGCCAUGGCCACCCUUCUUCCUCUGCCUGUCAUCUUCCUCUCUCUAAUCACCUCUUGUAAUGGUAGCAGGAGCAUUAGAAGUCCAAACAAAAGCUUCAUCAAAACCACCAUGUUUUACACACCUGCAGAGAAAUCAAGUGUUCCUUCAUCGGAUCAGAAAUUUCAUAUCAAUCCUAUAGGAGUUGCAGUUGGUUUUCUAACACCUAUCCUUUUGUUUCUAUGCUGGUUGGCUGUAAGAUAUUGGAGGAGGAACAAAAGCUGUAACAAAGUUGGUGAUGACUCUCGGCCGACAUUAUUCACCCCAAUGAUCAGGUCCAUUGAUCUCUCCUUCUUGGAAAAGCUGGAACAAGGUGGCCUCCAGUUGGAGAUCGUUGGUCGUGGGGGGUGCGGCGAGGUCUACAAAGCUGAGUUACGCAAUGGAGUGAGAAGAAUGAAGAUUGCAAUCAAGAGGAUAAUGCAACCAGCAAUUGAUGCAGGAGAGCUCUGUGAAGGGGAAACCAAAUUCCUGAACCUUCAGAUGCAGCAAAUCAGAUCAGAAAUCCAAACAGUUGGUCAACUGGGACACCCAAAUAUUCUGCCUCUCUUAGCUCAUGUGUCACGGCCAAACUGCCACUACCUUGUCUACGAGUUCAUGAAAAAUGGAAGCUUGCAUGAUGCCCUCAAGGGUGCUUCCGAUGGAUCGAAAAACCUGGAAUGGCCGAUCCGAUAUAAAAUCGCACUUGGUGUUGCUGCCGGCCUUGAGUAUCUUCAUAUAGCACGUAGGCCACGCAUAUUUCAUAGAGAUUUGAAACCUGCAAACAUAUUGCUUGACGAUGAUCUAAAUGCCCGGAUCUCCGACUUCGGGCUUGCGAAAUUGGUGCCAGACUCGAUCAGGAGUGCAAGGAGAUCGAAGGUGGCAGGAACGAUAGGUUACAUCGCACCUGAAUAUUAUCAGACGCUGAUGUUUACCGAUAAAUGUGAUGUAUACAGCUUUGGGGUGGUUCUUGCAGUACUGGUCAGUGGCAAGUUUCCAACUGAUGAAUUCUUUCAGGGAACAGAUGAGUUGUGCAUUGUGAAAUGGGUUCGGAAUGCGAUCAGGUCAGAUGACCCGAGGGUGGCCAUAGACCGGAAGCUGUUGGGGAAUGGGUUCGAGGAGCAGAUGCUGCUGGUUUUGAAAAUUGCUUGCUUUUGUACUUAUGAUGAUCCAAUGGAAAGGCCAAAUAGCAGGGAUAUCCAUUGUAUGCUAUCUCAAAUUAAGCAUUAAAGGUGCUUCACAUAAAUUCUGCUGUAUAAAUUAUCAUCUUUAUCUUAAUUUGGCAUGUUGUUGAGAACCAAAGGAUCCUUUUUUUCAAGUGAUUGUUUUAAUACAGUUUUUCUAUAAAGUUAGAGGAACAAUUAUGGUGG